AUGUCUGACAUCACCGACAAGACCGCCGAGCAAUUGGAAAAGCUCCAAAUCCAAGAGGAAACUCAGACGGAGACCGGACCCGCCUCUGCCGAGUCCGAGUCUAGCAAGAUGGAAAGCUCCUCCUCCGCUUCUCUAUACGUGGGUGAGCUAGACCCAAGCGUUACCGAGGCUCUAUUGUACGACCUUUUCUCGCCAAUCGGCUCCGUGGCUUCGAUUCGUGUGUGCCGUGACGCCAUCACCAAGACCUCUUUGGGAUACGCCUACGUUAACUUCCACGACGGCAACGCUGGUAGAACCGCCAUUGAAAAGCUGAACUACACCCCAAUCAAGGGCAGGCCAUGCCGUAUUAUGUGGUCUCAACGUGAUCCUUCCCUCAGAAAGAAGGGUUCUGGUAACGUUUUCAUCAAAAACUUGCAUCCGGCUAUUGACAACAAGGCCUUGCACGAUACUUUCUCCGUGUUUGGUAACAUUUUGUCCUGUAAGAUCGCCACCGAUGAGACUGGAAAGUCCAGAAAGUUUGGUUUCGUGCAUUUUGAAGAAGAAGAAGCUGCCAAAGAAGCCAUUGACGCCAUCAAUGGUAUGUUGUUGAACGGUGUGGAAGUGUACGUCGCCCCUCACGUUUCCAAGAAGGACCGUCAAUCUAAGCUGGACGAGGUUAAGUCCAACUUUACCAAUGUCUACGUCAAGAACAUCGAUGCUGAAACUACCCAAGAAGAAUUCGAAAAGCUGUUCACUCAAUAUGGUUCGGUUACUUCUGCCGUGUUGGAAGCAGACUCUGAGGGUAAACUAAGGGGUUUCGGUUUCGUCAACUUCGAAGACCAUGCUGCCGCCGCUAAGGCCGUUGACGAAUUGAACGAUACCGAUUUCAAGGGUCAAAAGCUAUACGUCGGUCGCGCUCAAAAGAAGUACGAACGUUUGCAAGAAUUGAAAAAGCAAUACGAGUCCUCCAGAAUGGAAAAACUGGCUAAGUACCAAGGUGUGAACUUGUUUGUCAAGAACUUGGACGACUCUGUCGAUGACGAAAAACUACAAGAAGAGUUUUCUCCUUUCGGUACCAUCACCUCCGUUAAAGUUAUGAGAGACGACGCUGGAAACUCUAAGGGUUUCGGUUUUGUGUGUUUCUCCGCCCCAGAAGAGGCUACUAAGGCUAUCACUGAAAAGAACCAGCAAAUUGUUGCAGGUAAGCCCUUGUAUGUUGCUAUUGCCCAAAGAAAGGAAGUUAGACGUUCUCAGUUGGCCCAACAAAUCCAGGCUAGAAACCAGAUGAGAUACCAACAAGCCACUGCCGCUGCUGCUGCUGCCGCCGGUAUGCCUGGUCAAUUCAUGCAACCUAUGUUCUACGGUGUCAUGCCCCCAAGAGGCGUUCCUUUCAACGGCCCAAACCCUCCUCAGAUGGCCGCCAUGGGCGGUAUGCCAAAGAACGGCGUUCCCCCUCAACAAUUUGGUAGACCAAACGGUCCAAUGUACGGUGUUCCUCCUCAAGGUCCUCAAGGGGGUUUCCCAAGAAACGGUAACCAAUUCUUCCACCAAAAGCAAAGACAAGCCCUCGGAGAACAGCUGUACAAAAAGGUUUCUGCCAAGACCCAAGACGAAGAAGCUGCUGGUAAGAUUACUGGUAUGAUUCUGGACUUGCCUCCACAGGAAGUGGUCCCAUUGCUUGAAAACGACGAUUUGUUUGAGCAACACUUCAAAGAAGCUUUUGCCGCCUACGAUUCUUUCAAGAAGGAUCAAGAUGCCCAGGCUCAAGCCGAGCCAGCUGUUUCUGCUGCCGAACCUGCCGCUGAGCAAGCUUAA